CUAUUAAACAUGAUUCCGCUCAGUACAAUUGUGGUGAGAACAAUAUUUUCCAGAAUGCUUUUCUGGGAUGCGGGUUGGCACUGGUUUGGUGGCACAAGUGGGACCUACACAAUAUUAGGGAGGUGGUUUUAAUGUUGUGGCUGAUCGGUGUAUGCACAGAGCUAGUCAAAUCAAAGCUCAAUCUGAGCAAAGAUGGCAGCGCUAGCAGUAGUGGAAACCCCUUCAGGAAAAGAUGCUCUCGCCGAGGGUUUGCUGGACCUCUUGAGACCAGCUGUACAGCAGCUUGAUUUACAUGUGCAUUCAGUCAGAGAAAGCCAAGUUGAACUGAGGGAACACAUUGACAAUUUAGCAUCUGAGUUGUGUAGGAUUAAUGAGCACCAGAAAGUGGCACUAGAUUUAGACCCAUAUGUUAAAAAACUUCUUAAUGCAAGGCGAAGAGUGGUGCUUGUCAACAACAUUCUCCAGAAUGCACAGGAACGUUUGCGAAGGUUAAACCAUAAUGUUGCUAAGGAGACAGCUCGCAGGAAGACCAUGCUUGAGGCAUCUGGAGCAUUUUCCUCCCGGUCCCCUAGCAAACAAUGAUGUCCUGGAUCUCAGAUACUGGGAUAAUGAUAAUGAACCAUAACACUGCUCAAUGCCACAGACCAAUGCUGUAAAUUAGCUAAAUCCUACUGCAUCAUUAAAAGGCACUGGGCUAUGCAAAGCAAUGGCUACAGCAGCAAAUUGCAAUAUUAAUGUUAGCCUGUUAAUUUUAAGAGUAGUCAGGGGGACAACAGUGUGCAUAUGCACUCAUUUUUUGUGGACCUAUGAUAUUUUGUAUGAAAGGAUUGACUUCUAAUAAAUUUAACUGAAAUCUGCACCCUCAUAGCCAUGAAUUUGCAAUGUAUUUGCAAAUUAAGGGUUGAAAUGUUUAUAGGUAUUUGUCAGUACUGUCAGAUAUAAUAUUUAGUCCUAACACAUUUGUACAUCUCCUAUUGGUAUCCUUGAUCUAAUACGUAAAAAUGUGAGUGUUGAAAAUUUUUCUGACAUCUUGAUAAUAUUCAGUUAGCAUUAAAGUUUGUUAUUUUCAUUCCAUAUUUUUGGUCUCAGUAUGCACCAUCAUCUAAUUAUUCUCUGCCGCCAGUGUGCUGUUAAAUGUUCCAACUCCCUUAAAGAUAUUACUGCAAUAAGUGUCCUGAGAUAUCACACCGGUCUCUGUGACACUUUGUAAACAACAAACAAAAAUGUGUCUGUGGACAUUGUCAAUCAUUGAGGCUGUCAUUCAUAGUGUUUGUCAAUUGAGGGGACUGUUGAAUUUGACAAUCUCAGGAACAAACAAUGCUGCACUUUUGCUCCGUUUUGGUCUCAAAAUUAUCUUUGGAGGGCGGGGUUUGGAAUGAGGGGGCGUGGCUAAUUCAACAGCUCAGUCACUUGAAAGCUUCAAAAAGCUAAAAUCGUGUACAUCUCCUUUAAGAAAGUUAACAAAACUUGUAUUAUUUGUCCUUAACUGUGCCCCAAAGACUGUCAUGUUCAUUGGUUUUCAUUUGUAUUGUUCAUUUAAUUAAUGAAUACAAGUUUCAUCAGUAUUUGUUGAGUGUGGUUGCAAAUGAUGCAUCAGGCCAAUAGAAGUGUGUAAGUAAUAUACCAUUUUCUGGGGAAAAUGUACUUUCCUAGGCAUCCAAGGCAUUGCAUUAUAAUCAAAUCAGCAGCAAAAUCUUUGGUAUGCACAUCUCUUAUGUAAAUCGGCCAUGCUUUGUAACAGGAGAGGAGAAAGGGCAGUGGAAGGUGACCUCUUGCUUCAGCUGAAAGGGAAAAGAUUUCAGGACAGUUCAAAGGUCAAGGGAGGGAAUCUAUCAAGAAAGGAAGUUGGAGACAUGUGAGGGGCCUCCUAAAAGUCACUUUGUUGUUGAAAGAGAUUAAAGACAGAUUGCUGAAAAUCUGAAUGAAAUUCAUUCAAUUACAAAUAAGUUUAAUGAAAAAGUUAAAGCUUUGGUUUUGUCCAUAUUUGUUGUUGACCACAUGUGAAGCUUGGAUGGUUACAAUUGUGCUAAAAGUAGUUAACCUUUUUAAAAGCAUCCCAUUUUAAAUAGACAAGAUCAUAAGAUUGAUUAGAAAUACGCAUGCUAUGUUGAUCCUGUGUUAGUCACCAUGAUGUGAUUUUUAGAGAUGGAAGGAGAGAAUUACAUUUACAGUAACACUACAAUAAGGUUCCAUUUGUUAACUACAUUUGUUAUCAUGAACUAAAAAUGAACAACACUUUUACAGCAUUUAUUAAUCUUGGUAAAUGUUCAUUUCAGUUUAUACUAAUACAUUCAAAAGUUGUAUUUGUUAACAUCAGUAAAUGCACAAUUAAAUAACAUGAACUAACAGUGAACAAUUGUAUUUGUAUUAACUAACAUUAACAAAGUUUAAUAAAUGCUGUACAAAUAGUAUGUUCAUUGUUAGUUCAUGAUAUUAAUGCUAAAGAAUAGAACCUUAUUGUAAAGUUUACACAUUUACAAAUGCAUUUCAUUUUAAAUAGGUAACUGAUUCACAUUAUAAAACUAGAUUUCAUAUUAUUGUUAUGUAUAUAAAGUAUGGUAUCUGCUAUUGUGGACAUUUUUAACCCUUACAGACCCAAGCAUAGAGAUUGAUGAUGUGUUUUCUUUUUCCUACUUGAAUGUGUUUUUAGGAAGCCACUAAUACAAAUCUUAAUUUUUAAGCAUAUUUUAUCUUUGUGGUGGAUUUUGUGUGACCACAAAUCAUUGGCAGUCUAUGGGAAAAGCUUGACAUUUCAGCAUAUUUUUCUUCGAGGUGAUAAUGUGAUUUUAGCAGGCUGUGGCAUUUUUAUUUAAUUAAUGUUUAAAAUUUUUAAUAAUAAUAAAAAAAUAUAUAUUGGUUAA